UGCUGGUGGUGAAAAAUGGUACAUUCCUCAUCAUGGAGUAUAUCACUCAAAAAAGCCGGACAAGUUGCGAGUUGUAUUUGACUGCUCUGCAAGACACAAAGGUAACAGCCUCAAUGAACACCUACUGUCAGGUCCGGAUAUGAUAAACAAUCUAACAGGUGUUCUCAUUCGCUUUCGCCAGCAUCACAUUGCUUUGAUGUGUGACACUGAGAAAAUGUUCCAUCAAUUUCAUGUCCCAAUUAAAGACCGUGAUUAUCUACGUUUCUUGUGGUGGACAAAUGGAGACACUAACACACAACCCCGAGACUACCGAAUGAAAGUCCAUCUAUUUGGUGCAGUGUCUUCUCCAGGUUGUGCGAACUAUGGGCUAAAACAGCUGGCAAAAGAUAACAGUCAUUUAUAUCCAAUGGGUGCACAAUUCAUUGCAAGAGACUUUUAUGUGGACGAUGGAGUAACAAGUGUAGAGUCAGCAGAAAGGGCUAUUGAGCUGGCACUAGAAGCACGUGAACUAUGUGCAAAUGGUGGUCUCCGUCUUCACAAAUUCGUAUCAAAUAGUAAUGUGGUCCUACAGAGUAUUCCUCCAUCAGAACGUGCAACAGACACUAAAACGAAAAACCUCACAUUGAAUGAUAUGUCUCUUGAGAGAGCACUUGGAAUUCACUGGGACAUUGAAAGUGACAGUUUCACAUUCAAAAUUACAGCAAAGGACCAACCAGCAACACGUCGGGGCAUACUGUCCACUGUUGCCUCCAUCUACGAUCCCCUGGGUAUUGUCGCUCCAUAUCUCCUUAAUGGCAAAGGGAUCCUGCAGGAGAUGUGCCAUCAAGGUACUGGUUGGGAUGAUCUACUACCUGAAAGACUAAGGCCACGGUGGGAGAGAUGGCUAGAUGAUCUCACAAACUUAGAAAGAAUUAGUAUAGCCCGAUGUUAUGUACCAACUAACUUUGGGAAGGUGAAUAAAAGGGAACUACACCACUUUUCAGAUGCUAGCAAUAAGGGAUAUGGUCAAUGCUCCUACCUGAGGUUGAAAAAUGAAAAGGGAGAAGUUCAUUGUGCUCUUAUCAUGGGCAAGGCCCGUGUUUCUCCUUUGAAGGUAGUUACCAUACCCAGACUGGAACUGACAGCAGCAGUAGUCUCAGUCACAGUUAGCAACAUGCUCAAAGAAGAGCUAAGCUACACCAACGUGGAAGAGUUCUUUUGGACGGAUUCCAAAGUUGUAUUAGGGUAUAUAAACAACGAUGCUCGACGCUUCCACACCUUUGUAGCAAAUAGAGUACAGAAAAUACGCCACUGUUCGAAUCCUCAACAGUGGGCCUAUAUAUCAACUGAUGAGAAUCCCGCCGAUAAUGCCUCCAGAGGAAGAACGAUAGAUGAGCUACUUUCAUCUAAUUGGUUUACGGGCCCCAAGUUUUUAUGGGAAAAGGAAAUUAAACCUUCAACAGAAUUGAUCCAUGAUCUUCCAAUAGGAGAUCCGGAAGUCAAAAGGUCCCAUGUACUUCAGACAAGGACCAAAGAACAAGUGACCCUUGCAGACAGGCUGUCUAAGUUUUCCUCAUGGUCACGAGCCAUCAAAGCAGUAGCACGUCUUUUACGUCGUGUAAAGAAAGACAAAUCAAAUACACUCUCCACGGUAAAAGAAAGGCAAAGCGCAGAGCUUCUUUUCAUCAAAGAUCUACAAAAGCAAGCUUAUGAAAAUGAAAUAAAGCUGUUGAGCAAGGGAAGUCAAUUGCCAAUUCACAACAAACUGUACAGUCUUGAUGUCUUUCUGGAUAAAGAUGGUGUACUCAAGGUGGGAGGAAGACUUGGUCAUUCAUCCUCCUCAAGUUCAUUCAAACACCCAAAGGUCAUCCCUAAAGGUCAUCACAUAACCAGUUUGAUAAUUGCUCAUUACCAUGAGAAGGUAAAACACCAGGGCAAAGGCUUCACUAUCAAUGAAAUCAGAUCCAAUGGCUAUUGGAUUACUGGACUAAACAGAGCAGUUGCAUCUCACAUUCAUCAGUGUGUUACAUGUCGAAAGCUCAGAAGACCAGUUGAAGGUCAAAGAAUGAGUGACCGACCUACAGAACGGGUAGAACCCUCACCACCGUUCACUUUUUGCGGGAUGGACUGUUUUGGUCCAUUUCUGACUAAACAGGGCAGAAAGCAACACAAAAGGUAUGGUUUGCUCCUUACUUGCUUUUGUUCUCGUGCCAUUCAUAUUGAGAUGUUAGAAGACAUGUCAACUGAUGCAUUUAUUAACAGCUUGAGAUGCUUUAUUGCAUUACGAGGUACUGUUCGUCAGAUAAAGUGUGACCAAGGCACAAACUUUGUAGGUGCAAAGAAUGAAUUGAAGGCUGCAUUACAAGAACUUGAUAUGGAUAGACUGAAAACCUUUCUUACGGAAAAUCAGUGUGAAUUUGUUUUGAAUGCACCUCAUUCCAGCCAUGCAGGAGGAGUAUGGGAGAGGCAAAUAAAGACUGUGAGAAACGUGUUAAAUGCCACACUUCUACUUUCGUCAGGAAGACUCACCGACUCAUCUCUACGGACCUUUCUCUAUGAAGCUAUGGCAAUAAUUAACAAUCGUCCACUCACUGUCGACAAUCUGAAUAGUCCCAACAGUUUGGAGCCUCUCACACCAAAUCAUCUAAUCACUAUGAAAUCCAUCACAGCUUUACCUCCUCCAGGUAAAUUUGAAAGAGAAGAUCUGUAUGGUCGCAAAAGAUGGCGUCAAGUUCAGUAUCUGACAGAACAUUUUUGGAGUCGUUGGAAAAAGGAGUACUUGCACAACAUCAUAGCAAGACAGCGUUGGCAUAUUACUAAAAGGAACUUGCAAAUUGGAGAUGUAGUGAUAGACUCACAGGACACUUUACCAAGGAACUGCUGGAGACUCGGAAGGGUCAUAGAGACUGUUAUUGAUAAGGACGGUCUGGUUAGAAGGGCUAAAAUCUCUUUAGGAGAUAGAAAUUUAAACAAAAAAGGUGAACGUCUUGGAAAGCCUUCAGUGGUAGAACGACCAGUUCAAAAGUUGGUUUUAUUGCUAGAAGCGGUUUAGAAUGGUACAAGGACUGUAAACUGUGAAACAUUAAGAGUUAUUUCAAAUGUGGAAAUUAUAUGUGCAUGUUCUUUAGUUAAAACACAUAUAAUUUGGUGGGAGUGUAAAUAACCCCAAAGAAUAACAAUGUUUUUGUAUUUGUUUAGUAAGUGCUAAUUAUUUUGUAUUUUAUUGCCUGUGAAUUUAACCACCACAUACAGUAUGUUUGUAUGAGGGACUUUUAUUGUGAAACUAGGUGAACUCAGGUUAACGGUAAAAAACAGAUUAGUUUGGCGGCAGAGCAGCAGCUGAAAGGAGCAAAUAAAGCAGCUUUUAUAUGGUUUUAGCCCCCCUUUAAGAGGCACAAGGUGUGUAAGUUAUGUUUUAUUGUUAAUUAGUAUGUUUAUAUUAUCUAUAAGUAAAGUUUGAUAAAUGCGUCUGUCGGAAGGAUCCGCACAUUAGCGCGAAUGCUAAAGCUAACAUUGCCCAACGUAUGUAUGUAAUGCAAGAGGGUAGUUUUGUAUGUUUGCAAGGGUAUGUAACGAAUUGUUAUGUUAGUUUAUGUGCUUAUGUACAUGUUUAUAUGGAAAGGUUGUUCUAGAAGAAUGUGUCAUAAUUGUUUGUAUGUUUUAUUUCUUUCAGCUCUUACAAUGCUCAGAAGGUUUAACGUAAGCUGUCAAGGAGAAGCAAUAAAUGCAAUUUAUACCAUCAGUCAAGUCUCAAGCCAUCAUUUAAAGGGGGAUGCUACACUCUUACAAUGCUCAGAAGGUUUAACGUAAGCUGUCAAGGAGAAGCAAUAAAUGCAAUUUAUACCAUCAGUCAAGUCUCAAGCCAUCAUUUAAAGGGGGAUGCUACAAUUAAGCUUAUGCAGUGGAAGUGAAUGCAGACAUCAUAUGUGUUGCCUGUAACAGCCAUGCAAGGGGUUUGAGUUGUCUUGAACGUUUCUGAUGAGUGGAGUUUUAACCCAAUUUCCAUCUGCUGCACCUGUACUGCAUGGAUUCUUGACCAUUUCUGCAUGGUAGUAUAAAAACUGCUACCCUCCUCGCUCCUGUAAUGCAGACCACAUUUACAGCUUCGUAAAGCUAAUUAAAAGCUUCGUGUUUAAUUACUUUGACUCUUGCUGAACUUUAAAUUUGUGCAUGUCGCAACACACAUGGAACACAUGAGCAAAGAAGAGUGUAACAUUUCUGAAGGCAUUGAUCUAUGCUACUUCUGUUACUAUUUGCAAUAAAAUAA